AUGACGUUUGACACAAAGCUAACGUGGAAAAGUCACAUUGCUAAAAUAGCAGAUCGAGUCUCCAAUAGACUGGAUGUACUGAAGCGUCUUGAUAGCAGCGUAUGGGACUGUGCACGCUCAACUCUCAACACCACUUACAAGAUGCUUAUUCAGUCAAUAAUGCUGUAUUGCUGUGAGCCACUCAUUACAGCCACAGAGGUGACUCUGAAACCACUCGAGAAAGCACACAAUCAAGCAUUACUACUAAUUACUGGGGGGAUAAAAUCCACACUCAUUGAUGCAAUGCUCCUAGUUACAGGAAGCACCACAAUACGUUCUCUUAUCAAAGAAAUCGCCUUUCUCCUAUAUGAUAAGCUACUGCGCAUUCCCAUGGAUAAGUUCUUCAGCACCUAUGAGAAUAGACCAGGACACCUGGAGACGUAA